GUUGACGAUCAUCAUCAUUACAUUUCCUUACUGCUACUACUUUUACUUUCUACAAUCAUGCCUCGCGCUGAAGGUAAGCCCUAUCAAAACAAUUGGGAACUCCCAAAAUACCUCGCAAACAAGAUGAAGUCCAAGGGACUUCAAAGACUCCGGUGGUACUGCCAAGUAUGCGAGAAACAAUGCCGCGACGAGAAUGGUUUCAAGUGCCACGCCGCCUCAGAGAGCCACCUCCGGCAGAUGCUUGUCGUUGGUGAGCAUGCGGGGAAGCAUAUCUCGAAUUUCUCGAGUGAGUUUCAGAGUGAGUUUGUUGCGCUUCUUUCGAGGAGGUUCGGUACGAAACGUGUAAGGGCGAACCAGGUGUACCAAGAGUAUAUCUCGGAUAAACAUCAUUUGCAUAUGAACUCUACGCGCUGGGUUACGUUGACGGAGUUUGUGAAGCACCUUGGGAGGACGGGGGUGGCGAGGGUGGAUGAAACUGAGAAAGGGUGGUUUAUUGCUUGGAUAGAUAAUAGUCCGAAGGCGCUUGCGAAAGCGGAAGCUUCGAUGAAGAAGAGAGAGCGACGGUUUCGGACGAGCAGAGGGAGAGGAUGCUUAUUGCAGAGCAGAUUGAGCGUGCAGGCAGGGGAAGGGAAGAACGAAGGGGCGGAGAAAUUGACGAUAUCGUUUUCCAAGCCGGCUGCCGAGUCAACAUCGUCAUCCUCUGCCAUAAAGAUCAAGGCUGCCGUUAACCCGCUCAAGGCAAACCCGCUGAAGCGACCGAACGUGUUCAAGACGGCAGCGGCAGCUUCAAGUUCAAGCUCCGGGGCGCAGAAGCGGAGUGCACCCAUGACAGCAGCCGAGAGGUUGAUACUGGAAGAACAAGAUAGAAAAAGGCGGAGAAUGGAACGGGAGAAUGCAUAGAGACCCGUUGAGUUGUAAUGUAAUUCAUUUGUUAUGAGUUUGUUCAUUUGAGUUGCCGGUUUGCUUUGCUUUCAAGACGAGUUCAUCACGUACAAUGACAUUUACCGCGACUCCCAUACCGGCCUCAAACUUACAGGGUUUCGCACCCAUUCAUAAAGAAGAGAUAGGAGGGCUGGCAACCACGUCUGUGGUGUGAUGGAGGCGUCGGGCUUACUGAUGGUCAUGAAACGCUUCGAAUGCAAUAAAACUAUAGGAAU